CUGUUACAGCUUAGUUAUGGACAAGUUAUUGGUUCUUCACCGGCACCUGGUCCGGCAAGCGACGGUGCUGCCAUCGAUCAAGGAAUCGCCUACCUUCUCCUCCUACUGGCCCUCGCCAUCACGUAUAUCUUCCAUUGAUUUUAUUUUUCAUGUACUGAUAGUGAUUUAUUUAAUUAUUUUCUCUUUUUGAAUGUAGUUUUCCUCCACGCAUUUGGUUUGGAGAAAUUGCACUUUUGAUGAUGUUAUUUAAUCUAUGGCUAUGUAUAUAAAUUUUAACUAGCAUUUGAAUAACAUUAAAUAAAAUAUUUAAUAACAUUGCUAUGGAAGUUCUUCUUUAAUUUUUAAAUAGCUGACAUUUUGGUUCAACAACACAUUGUGCUUUGAAGAAAACACAUAUUGUGCAAUUUGUGCUUUAAUGUAUCAGGCAAAUGACAUAUUGUGUGUGUUUGGUGUGAGAGGAGGAGAGCGGGGUGGGGGCAAAUCCUUUAGAGAGAGGGGUGGGGAGGAGAGGUUCUCCUAUUACCCACUUACACAGUUAAGUGGACUGGGUUUAGGGACCAGGCAAAUAGUGAGGUACUCUAAAGGACCACCCCUUUCAUAAAAGAUCAGGCAUGGUGAUUUUAUAUUUUCCCACAUCCCCACGUAACAUAGAGGGCUUGGGAUGAUAGCUAGGCUUCUUAGUUCUUAUUGAGUGAAAUGUGUAUUGAUAUUUUCAAAAGUGAGUUUUGUUUCAUUGUACAUUUUUCCUCUAUGGCGAAUUUAUCCAUGCACCUUUCCUGAGGACGUAGAUCAUGAAUCACAAUUUGGGUAAUGUAAGUGGUAUCAGGGGAAAGAAUGUAUAUGAGUUUGGCUACCUCUUGUACCCAUAAUAAUAAAAUUUUUGGUUUAUC